AUGGCAGACUGGUGCGUGCAGUUGAGCCUCACCCUCCUCUUAAAUGUGGUCGCCAGUCAAAAAGCGGAACCUUCCAAGCACCCCGUCGUCACCACCAACUACGGCAAGCUCCGAGGAAUCAAGAAGGACCUAAACAACGAGAUUCUCGGUCCUGUGGAGCAAUACCUGGGCGUGCCUUACGCCACCGCGCCCAUCGGCGACCGCCGCUUUCAGCCGCCCGAAGCCCCGGGCUCGUGGCAGGAGAUCCGCAACGCCACCCACUUUGCCCCCGUGUGUCCGCAAAAUGUGCACGGGGUGCUGCCCGAGAUCAUGCUGCCCGUUUGGUUCACAGACAACCUGGACGUAGCGGCCGGGUACAUUCAGAACCAGAGCGAGGACUGCCUCUAUCUCAAUGUCUACGUGCCCACGGAGGAUGGUCCGCUCACAAAAAAACACGAUGAAUCUGCAGCCAACAAGCCCCGAGACGAAGAUAUCCGCGACCGCAGGAAGAAGCCAGUGAUGCUGUUCAUUCACGGAGGCUCGUACAUGGAAGGCACCGGAAACAUGUUCGACGCCAGCGUCCUGGCGGCUUACGGCAACGUCAUCGUGGUGACCAUGAAUUAUCGUCUGGGUGUCCUGGGUUUCCUCAGCACCGGCGAUCAAUCGGCCAAGGGGAACUACGGCCUCCUGGACCAGAUUCAGGCGCUUCGCUGGCUCAACGAGAACAUCGGUCACUUUGGCGGAGACCCUGAGAGGAUUACUAUCUUUGGAUCGGGAGCCGGGGCGUCCUGCGUCAACCUCCUCAUCCUCUCGCACCACUCGGAGGGUCUCUUCCACAGGGCAAUUGCCCAAAGUGGAACCGCCAUCUCCAGCUGGUCCGUCAACUACCAGCCCCUCAAAUACACCAAGAUCCUGGCUCGCAAGGUGGGCUGCACCUACAGCGAGACCGCCGAUCUGGUGGACUGCCUGAGGCGCAAGAACUUCAGGGAGCUGGUGGACCAGGACAUCCAGCCGGCUCGCUACCACAUCGCGUUUGGACCCGUCGUGGACGGUGACGUGGUGCCCGACGAUCCCGAGAUCCUCAUGCAGCAGGGGGAGUUCCUUAACUACGACAUGCUAAUUGGUGUCAAUCAAGGAGAGGGGAUGAAAUUUGUCGACGAUAGUGAGGACAACGAAGGCAUCUCAGCCGCAGCGUUUGACUACACCAUCUCCAACUUUGUCGACAACCUCUACGGGUACCCCGAGGGUAAAGACAUCCUAAGGGAGACCAUCAAGUUCAUGUACACGGAUUGGGCGGAUAGGGACAACGGCGACAUGCGGCGCAAGACCUUGCUCGCUCUGUUUACAGACCACCAGUGGGUGGCGCCGGCGGUGGCCACCGCCAAACUCCACGCCGAGUUCCAGUCGCCUGUUUACUUUUAUACCUUCUACCACCACUGCCAGACGGAGACGCGGCCCGAGUGGGCCGACGCGGCCCACGGAGAUGAGAUACCCUAUGUUUUCGGGGUGCCCAUGAUCGGUGCCACGGACUUGUUCCCGUGCAACUUCUCCAAAAACGACGUGAUGCUCAGCGCCGUUGUCAUGACCUACUGGACCAACUUUGCCAAGACUGGGGAUCCCAACUUGCCAGUCCCCCAGGACACCAAAUUCAUUCACACCAAACCCAACCGAUUUGAAGAAGUUAUCUGGACCAAGUUCAACUCCAAGGACAAGCAGUACCUCCACAUCGGCUUGAAACCUCGCGUCAGAGACAACUACAGGGCCAACAAGGUGGCCUUCUGGUUGGAGUUGGUUCCCCAUCUCCAUAAUAUCCACGACGAGUUCUUUUCCACCACCACUCGUUCACCCCCCGGUCCGGGCCCCGGCACCCCCAGGACCAGAACUACGGGCUCCCGCACCACCCAUCGCCCUUACCCCACCUUUUCUUACGACCCCGAGCCCGACGGUUCGGAGCGUCCGCCUCGCGUUCUUUUCCCGGGCGACACGCGCGACUACUCCACGGAGCUGAGCGUGACCGUCGCCGUGGGGGCGUCCCUGCUGUUCCUCAACAUCCUGGCCUUCGCCGCCCUCUACUACAAGCGCGACAAGAGGCACGAGAUGCGACGUCACCGUCUCUCUCCCCAGCGGGGCGGCCCCGCCAACGACCUGGCUCACAGUCAGGAGGAGGAGAUCAUGUCCCUGCAAAUGAAGCAUUCCGAGCACGACGCUCAUCACGAUAUGGAACCGCUGCGGCCCCACGACAUCCUGCGGCCCGCCUGCCCGCCAGACUACACGCUGGCGCUGCGCCGGGCCCCGGACGACGUGCCUCUGAUGACGCCCAACACCAUCACCAUGAUCCCCAGCACCAUCACGAGCAUGCAGCCCCUUCAUGCCUUUAACACCUUUCCCACCACGGGCCACAACAACACUCUGCCCCACCCCCACUCCACCACUCGAGUAUAG